AUGGUGGACGUCGAUGAGCACGAGCGCUUCAUGCGCGAAGCCCUGCUCGAGGGCGAGAGAGCGCUGGAGCGGGCGGAGGUGCCGGUGGGGUGCGUGUUCGUGUACAAGGGCGAGAUCAUCGCACGCGCGUCCAACCGCGUGAACGAGCUGUUCAACGCAACGAUGCACGCUGAGAUCGUGGCGAUUGAGUCCAUCGCCGCCACAUACGGCGACAAGGCGAAAGAGGUGCUGGCCGAAUGCACGCUGUAUGUGACGUGUGAGCCGUGCAUCAUGUGCGCGGGCGCACUCGCGCACGUGUUCAUUAAACACGUAUACUUUGGCUGCCACAACGACCGCUUUGGAGGGUGCAGCUCCGUGUUGAAUCUGCACGAGCGCAGGUGA